UGGUUUCAAUGCGAUGUUUCAAUUUUCAUGGAUUCGUAUUUUAUUUACCUUCAAUCAUCGCAAAUACAAAGCUAAUUUUUAUAAAAAAUCUUUUGUCCACCAUGUACGGAUGGAAUAUAUUUUGAGAGAUGUCUAAAUUAAUUUUAUAAAUAAAGUUAUUUGUGACGGCGGGAGGCUUCGUAGUCUAUUUAGAUUUACAAAUAGUUUUUCCAAUGUGUUGUUUUGAUAGAUAAUGGAUCCAAGAAUGUGUAGGAAAAUCUGUAGUAGUGAAAGUCUUCCAGAUGCUGAAAAUGAGGAAUUUGAAGUAUCAAACAUUAUUGCACCACAAGAAAGUGAAGAUAAUUUCUUAUUGGAGGGCAGUCCUGAACGACACUCCGUUACUUGGCUCGACGACGAUCAAAUAGAUGAUUUAGAUCUUAAUUUAGACCAGACUAACCUAUUUUUUCAUAGAGUCGAUAGUGCAGAUGUAAUAUACAGAAGUAAGAAGAAAAAAUGCAAAAUGGUAGGAAAGUACGUAAUGGGCGACGUGUUAGGGGAAGGUUCGUAUGGCAAAGUUAAAGAGAUGUUGGACUCUGAGACCUUAUGUAGGAGGGCGGUUAAAAUAUUAAAAAAACGGAAGCUGAGAAGAAUACCAAACGGUGAGCAAAAUGUACAGAGGGAGAUACAACUACUGCGAAUACUUAGACAUAAAAAUGUGAUAGAACUAGUCGAUGUUAUGUACAAUGAUGAGAAGCAAAAAAUGUAUUUAGUAAUGGAGUUUUGUGUGGGUGUACUUCAGGAUAUGCUUGAAUCAAGCCCUGGUAAGAAGUUUCCUCAGCGCCAAGCGCAUGAUUACUUUAUUCAGUUGCUGGAUGGCUUAGAGUAUUUGCAUGGCCAAGGUGUGAUUCACAAAGAUAUUAAACCAGGAAAUUUAUUAUUGACAUUAGACCAGACACUGAAAAUAACUGACUUUGGAGUUGCUGAAGCAUUAGACAUGUUUUCUCCAGAAGACACAUGUUACACGGGACAAGGUUCUCCAGCUUUUCAACCACCCGAGAUAGCCAAUGGAGCUGAACAGUUCUCUGGUGUCAAAGUUGAUAUAUGGAGUAGCGGAGUCACAUUAUACAACAUGACAACUGGGAGGUAUCCUUUUGAAGGUGAUAAUGUUUAUCGGUUAUUAGAGGCAAUAGGCCGAGGGGAACCAGCUCCUCCGCCAUCUUCUGUCGGGACUUUACUUGAAACUCUUUUAAUGCAUAUGUUGAAGCGAAAUCCUGAUGAAAGACCAACUGUACAGGAAAUUAAAAGGCAUGACUGGGUGCGCGCGCGGCCGGCGCUGGCGGCGGGCGAGGCGGCCGUGGGCGCGCGCUCGCGGCGCUCGGACGAGCUGCACAGCUCCACCGUCGUGCCCUACCUCGUCGAGCGCCACUACGCCACGCCGCACCACUACUUCACCGAGCACGACCUGCGACACGAGCUAGGGGAUGGCGGGUCGCGCACGAUGUCGACGGCGGAGCUGUCGGACGCGGAGUCCACGCAGUGCAAGCGGCGCUGGCACUCGUCGUGCGGCCGCCUGCCCUCGUGCCGCCUCACGUGAUCCCCCCAGUGACCCCCCCGACGUCACUGUCGUCGGUCCCCUGGCGUGGCUAUCGUUACUGAGAAUAUUUGUAUGUACGACGGAUUUAUGUGCAACGUGGCGUCGAGAUCUGCCUUUUGUGAUGUCCGGUCUCCUCGAGCGCUUUGUAAUUACCGCAGACGUGAAUCGAUGGGCCUCAGUAGUUUUAUGUUUUUGUCAGUUGCACGUAAAUCGUAACGUCGCGUGUUGGCGUUUGACGUGAUUUAUUUUGUGAAACUUAUCGCUACUUAAAAAUAUUUUUGUAAUUAUUUGCCCCCGUUGCUAGGCCGAUGGAAAGUAUGUCUUCAGUAAGUUCUCUUGGCUCUGUCGCAUGUUUUCUGUAAUUAUACCUGAUCGGGAGGAUUUUUUAAUCAGUUUAUCUUGUAUGCUAGCUUUACCGGUACAUACCUAUUAUUUGUGUAAUCAACACAUAAAGGGAUAGGUAUUGACUACCUUUUACUACCAAAAAAUUAUAAAUAAAUUUAAUAGCUAGAAAAUAAAUAUCGAAAAAUGUAUUUUUUUUGCGUCAAUUACUUGUUAAAGAAAAAAACCUAAUUUACUUAACAUUUAAAGUGAAGAAUACCUCGUUUUAGUGACACUGAUUACUUUCAAUUUAGUUGCCUUUAUAUUCAUGGAUUUUUUAAAUAAAAAUUCUACUUCGACUUCGAGACAACCUCUUAAAACAUACUAAAUAGCCAAUAUAAUAAAGAUAUUAAAAGAAAAACAUAAAAUUGACAUGUCACAUUCUUACUUGUGAGCUAUUUUAUAAAAAAAAACCAUUGUGCCUUGUAGUGCGUGUUCAAACUAAGAACCUUGCCAGUAUUACCAUAAGAAAAAGAUAAUGAUAUAUUAAAAACGCACAAGUAAGGAAAUGAUGUAAAAAUGAAACACGAGUCUCGAGAGCUAUUUGGUACUUUUGUGUCUAUUAUUAAUUGUUAUGCGCACAGACAGGUA